UAAAGGCCACACACACAAAACUUAUCCCAAACAAAAGAAAAGGAAUCUAUGAAGCAGAGAGAGUAAGAUAGAAAGCCUAAAGACACAGCCACUGUCAUGUCUCCUUCCUCUUCUUUUGCUUCCUCUACUGCUGCAAAUGUGUUUGAAAUUGGGAACUACAAAACUGUGCUUCUAACUGCUGAACCGCAGAGAUAUUGCAACAGAACCAAGUCUUCACCAACUGUUGCUCCUCCUCCUCCAAAGCCACUUUUGAUUGCCACACCAUCAGAAGCUGGAGAGUUCCCAAUACUGGUGAUCCUCCAUGGUUAUCUUCUCAACAAUUCUUUCUACUCUCAGCUUAUCCAACACGUCGCUUCGCACGGCUUCAUCGUUAUCGCUCCUCAGUUAUAUACAGUGGCCGGACCGGACACUACAAGUGAAAUCGAGUCCACGGCUGCUAUAACGAACUGGUUGUCAGGAGGACUCCACAAAUUACUUCCAACCCAUGUGCAACCAAACUUGAGCAAGCUUGGACUUGCCGGUCACAGCCGUGGAGGCAAGGUUGCUUUUGCACUCGCUCUUGCAAAAAAGGCCACCACUUUAAAGUAUUCACUGCUAAUAGGCAUUGAUCCAGUUGAUGGAAUGGACAAAGGGAAACAAACUCCUCCACCAGUACUCACCUAUGUGCCUCAUUCCUUCGAUCUUGACAUGGCAGUGAUGGUUAUUGGCUCGGGUUUGGGUGAAGUGAAAAAGAACCCUCUCUUCCCUCCUUGUGCUCCCAAGGGAGUGAACCAUGAGGACUUCUACAACGAAUGUCGGAAACCGGCUUGUUAUUUUGUGGCCAAGGACUAUGGGCAUCUUGAUAUGCUGGAUGAUGAAACUAAGGGGAUUAGAGGAAAGACUACAUAUUGUCUGUGCAAAAAUGGCAAGUGUAGGGAACCCAUGAGGAGGUUUGUUGGAGGGGUUGUGGUUGCAUUCAUGAAGGCUUAUAUGGAAGGUGAUUCAAGCCACUUAAUGGGUAUUAGAGAAGGGCAUGGGAUUCUGCCUUUGGAGCUCCAAAAAAUUGAUUUUCUUGUGUGAAAUUUUGGAUACUCUUGACAGAAGUAGAGAAGCUUUGUUGUGUUGUUAACUUGCAGAUGAUUUUUCUAAUGCAGCUAUAUAUAUAUAUAUAUAUAUAUAGAAAGAUAAAUAGGAACAGGUUGUGCUAGAGGGAUGAGGAUCCUCUCCUGUUUCUUUUGUGAUCCUGUGUUGUGCGUUUAAAUCGACAACACAACUUUAAAUCUUCUCUUCUCCUGUUUUUUUUUUUUUCGAGAUCAAAUCUACAACACAACUUUAAAUUAUCAACGAAAUAAUUAUUUAUAAGUGUUUUUUCUGAA